GUGACUGGGUGCCUCUGCUCUUCUCCACCAGCUUGUCUCUGCAGCACAGAUUCAGUAAGCUCAGACACUGCCAUUCCUUCUCACUGAAGAAGGAGACUCCUUAAUAUCCAGGACAGGCCAACUGCUCCUCAACACAGGGACGUGGUGUGAAGUUUGCAUUUCCUGCAAUACCAGCCUCUCCGUUUUCCUUCCAGCUACAGGGACGGGGAAGGAAGAGGUUGUUCCUGUUGUGUGGCUUGCUGCUGAUCCUGCGACUUGAGCCCAGCACCAGCUGUGGGGAGCCAGCAGCUUUCCUCUUCUCCCUGCCUUCCGUCAGCAUGGACACUUGGAGGAGAGGGUCCAUCAAGUCCACAACGUUCUUCAGACGUUUCUCACUCAGGAGACACAAAAAGCUGGGCAACCAAGUCAUCAUCUUGAAUAAGAACAGCCACACUAUGGACAGUGAUGGACAGUGCCAGAAGAGGGAAGGCUUGAGGGAUCUGAAGGACAAGUCUGACUACCUGUCGUGUCAGAGUGAGCAAAACCUAGCCAAGGCACAGGCACCUCCCAAGCCUCCCCGGCUCUACCUGGACAGCUCUAGCUGCCCCAACAUCAUCGACCGCACAGAUUCUCACUCUGACAUCUCCUUUUCUGGUGCUGCCCAUCAGUACCACAAAGCCACUCAGACCCAGCUCCACAAGGACCAGGAUAAAGACUGUGGGACGGCAGAGACGGGUUCCCAGAACGGCUCCGCUCUUCCCGACCUGUCUGAUCCCCUCCUGUCCUUCAAGGUGGAUUUGGGGCUAUCGCUGCUCGAGGAUGUUCUGCAGACCCUCAGGAAACAGAACCCAAGAGAUUAUGCCAUCUGAAGGUAUUUAUCAAUUAACACAUCCCAUUCCCUUCCUGCUGCUGUCAGGCUCA